UGUUCAGGGUGCAGCUAUUCCUUAACAGCUUAAUGCUAAUGAUAUCUACUCUGAAGUAAGUAAUUUUUAAUUCAGUGGGGCGUACUCCCAUGUAAGUGCGGUUAGGACUGCACUCUAAGUCUAAUGUACAUAACUGUACUUCAGCAGUGUAUUCCUACACACACACUUAGAAGCUUUGUUCAGUGAGUCUUACUCCCUGCCUUGUAAGUGUGUUUAAGAUUGCAUCCUGAGGGUGAAAUAAUUUGAGAUACCUUUGAAAUGACAACCAUAUGCAAAUCUCAGUGAUUUGUCCUGCAUAGUUACAGCACUGCUGUGAAUUUGAAAAACCGUUUUCAGUAGAUAAGCAGGACACAAUGGAUACUACAUCCAAUCUUGUACAUAAGCAGAAGUCUGCAGGAGCAGAACAGUGUUGGCUACAAACUUUAAGAACUUACUAUGUCAUCCUUAGAACUUUAUGGUAAUGCUAGCCAAGCAAAUGAGUAUUUAAAAUACUAUCUUUGAUUUACAAGUGAUAUAAUUAUAAUUAACUACAGUAUAUGCUAUUAGUGAUGGUAGGGUUGCCAGACUCAAUACAGGACAGGACUUCUGUGCCUUUAAUUGCCCUGCUCUCUUUUGAGUCUGGAAACCUUAAAGAGAAACCAGCAGACCCUUUGCUUGGAAAUUAAAGGAUCUGCUGCUUUCUCUUUAAGGUUUCCAGAUUCGGAAGAGAGCAGGGCAAUUAAAGGCACAGAAGUCCUGUCCUCUAUGAGUCUGGCAACCCUAAGUGAUGGUAGCAGCAGACUUGGUGGGGGAGUGAAUAGCAAGAUACACACAAGCAAAGAAACUUGGAAAAGCAAGUUGUGUGUGUGUGCCAAUCACAUAAUAUGGUAUGUUAAGUGAGAAAUGGGAAACCUGACGAUGGGAUGAGCAGGGAAUAGAGUGGCUGGAAUAUGAUGUAAUAAAUGGAUAAUCUCAGAUUCUAGAUUUACACUGAGAAGCUAUUUGGAUGGGGCAGUAAGCUGCCCAUCGGUGAAGAAAUUAAAUGCAGUGGGCAGAGGUGUGUGCCCAUGCAUAGGAGACCCAAAACAGGCUAAUGAGAAUUGGACAGCUGACUGACGGGGAAGUGGCUUAUGUAGCCAAAAUUGUGCCGCCCAUGCACAAGAGAGGUAUCAAAAGGCUUUGGGAAACCCCAAGGUGUGCAAUAACAAUCCUGGUUGGGGGGGGGGCUGCAAAAGAGGCCAAUAGGGACAUUUUCUCAGUAGCUAGAGAACACAGGUGGGUGGACUGAAAAAUAUGGGAAUGGAAUGAAAGUACCAUAGAAGCUGCCACACUGCGGCAACAUGGUUAUGUGUCCACUUGCUCAGCUCACAGUCAAUGCAGAACAUGGCUUGCCUAGCAAAUCAGGCAAAAUUGUACAUGGCUUUCCACUUCUGCUUCAAAAUAUACUUGGGUAUCUGCUCUAGACAGUUUUUGGCUUUCUGCAAAACAAUUCUAGUCUGUGGGAAACAAGACUAUAGUUAACAAGUCUAAUUCUAAAUGUCCGUUAAUAUUAGCAGAAGGAGCAUAUAGUGCCAAAGUUACUCAAUGCAGGAUGAAGAUUUUACUGUACAUCCGAAGUAGUAUACAUAAUCUAAAGCAGCAGAGGGCGUACUUCAACCUCUGUAUUGCUUGUUUCUGUGGGAAGGAGCAUCUUGGCUUUUUGAGCUUUCUGCAUUACAAAAAGUACUGGUUCCAAUUUUGCUCCUUUUGCAGUUUGGGUUAAUGUUUUCUUCAUGCAAAUUAACUUCUUUGGCAGUUGUAGUAACAUUGAAGCUCACUAAUUUAUGGGCCAAAUAAAUCACUUGAGCACAAAUGGAGACAGAAGUAUGACCCAAUGCAUCGAAAACCACCAGAGGGAAGGAAGAAACCUUAAAAUUGUAUUCCAUUAGUUUGGUUUAAGGAGUUGAUCCAGGAGUUUUGAAUGUGUGAAAGUAAUUUGGAUGGAAGUACAUCUGUGGUUGUGACUCCUUUUAUGAGUCUUCAUCUUUUUCCCAGUGCUUGGGUACUAAGCUAAUGCUGUUCAUUCUUGGCUCAAUAACUGAAACAAGUUGGGGAAUGAAGCACCUUUAACACAGAUGUUAGGUGUGGGUCCGUCUUCUUUCCGUGUUUACAAUCCUGCUGUAGCAAAGCUUUCAGUGACUUCAUUAGGUUCUUAAGCACAACAAGCUGGUCACCAUUGCUCAUCUAUGCAGCUAAUAAUCACUUGUUGAACAAGAGAUGAGGCAAAAUACUUCAGAAGAGUAAACAGAUAGCACUUGCUGCUUUGCUGGUAUUCAUUUAAUCCUUGCCUGCCUUGUCUUGACAGAUUAUUAUUAUUAUUAUUAUUAUUAUUAUAAUUAUAUAUUGCAUUUAUAUCCUAUUUUCUCCAAGGAGCUCAUGCUUCUCCCCCUCUGCAAUUCUCACAACAACCCUGUGAGGUAAAUUAGGCUGAGAGGCAGUGACUGCUGCAAAGCUGCCCAAUGAACUACUUGGCCAAAUGGGAAUUUGAACCCUGGUCUUCCAGGUCCUAAUCUGACACUAACCACUACACCACACUGUUUACCUCCUUAUCCUACUUUUGCAGCAACCAUCUCCACAUCGGUUUCAAGUCCUGGUCCACAUGAAUAAGGUUUUGACUGCCUUGCCGUCCCCUCUUGCCACUGCGCAGCUCAGUAUUUUCCUUUGCGUGCAUAACGGGUUUAUUUUGAUGGCUUAGCCACAGAAUACAGAUUGCCAUAAACAAUACAGCGUGGACAGGAAUGUGUGUGCAUAAUACUAAAUUUGGAGGUCGAAGUCAUAAAUGUAAAUUCUUGAAAUCUCAGUAAUGGUGUUUUUUGCCUGCUCAAUUCUCUGUGUUUGACAUGAAUGGGAUGUGCAAUGGGGCAUCUUUCGCACAGCUAACUUUGGAAAGCCUGCCCGGUCCAAUCUUGCAAACAAAGUUUUACCUGAAACUGUUCACAUCUUUACAAGCUUCAGAAAAAUGGAAAGCCUGCUGUUAAAACUGAAUGCUAUGCCCAAUAUCAAAUCCCACAUUUGUGCAGCAUGAUUGCAGUCUAUACAUGGCCCCAAAGCGCUGUCCCUCUGAAAUCCAGUUUGAAAUGUUAUCCUUCCCUUCCCCUUGCUGCCCUUGUGACUCCAGCCCUUGUAGGUCCUGACUGGCUGUUCUUAAACCUGUGCCUUGCUCUAGUACAAGCUGUGCCACUUGGGAGUUCCGAGCACAUUAGCAUUGUUUUGAUGAAUAGGAGUGCCUAUUUACACAUGGGGUGGGUGACUGUAACAAAGGGCGUGCUGUCACCUGCUGCUAGAAAUAAUAAAACAGGAGAAUGAGUGGUGUAAAAUAUGCCAAAUCCUGCUUUGCGGGAGAGCUGCUCUUUUGUCUAAAACUAAAUGGAGCCUUUCCGGAUGAUGAUGAAAGACAGUCCAGUUGUGAGUGCAGCAUUUGAUACUAGUUGCAAACUUAAGCAUACCAAGUGUGUGUGGAGGGGGAGCUUUGAAAAAUUAAGCUUCAAUUUUUAUGGCUAUAAAGAUAAGCCUCCAGCCUGGGGAGAAAUGUGGCUCUCUGGGGAUCUCUGUUUGGCCCUUGGGACUCUCCAGACCACACCCCUUUUGCAGGCCUAGCUGGAAUGUUUUCCCCAACCCUUUUCAUGCUUCUUGCUUGCCUGUGAAAUGCCUACUUUUCAGUGCCAGCCAGCUGCUAUGCGAGAAGCCUUUAAGGAAGGGCAGAGCCGUGCAGCGGUAUGAACUCUGUCCCAUCGGAUUGGCCCAAGACCCAGGCUGGUGCAAAGCAGCUAGAAGUCACUUUGACCUAGUCUCUAUAGUCCCAUAGAGGCUCACAGAAGAAUUCAAGGAAGCCGGCUGGUAGGCAUGGAGCUGUACAUUUCAAAGGGGAGAGGUGGGUGUUUGCAAUAUUGCCUCUCCUUAUACUGGAGAUCGUGAGCAGCUUUUUCCUGACAUGCAGUCAGACAUUGAAGAGGAUGGGCAUUUUCUCCUCUUGCAGGAUGGGAAAUGAAGUGGUUUAAACACUGCCAAGCAUGCAUAUUCCUGCAUUGCAGUGGAUUUGACUAAAUGAUCCUCAGGGUCCCUUCCAACUCUAUGAUUCUAUGAUUUGGAAAACGUCUAUGGGAAACAGACUACUGGAGUAGAUUAGAUCUUUGGCUUGUCCAACAGGGUCCUGACAAAAUAUUCAUUCCUCAUCCUAAAUAUCUGGGAGAAGGGUCUCUCUCUCUCUCUCUCUCUCUCUCUCUCUCUCUCUCUCUCUCUCUCUCUCUCUCUCUCUCUCCAGCAUCAUUCCUUCUGGAAUGCACAAAUGCCACAUUCUCUUACAAUUUUUAAUCAAGUACAGAGAUCAGAAGCUGGUUUAAAGAGUAAACAUUAUGUCUGCAAAGAGAUGGCGCUCUGCUGCUAGAUUACUUCUGAGUAUUCCUCAAAACUAACAAAAGGAAAAUUCAGAGAAAAAUAAUGGGAUCAAACAGCAGGCCAAGAUGAGUCAAGAAGAUAAAGUCCUUCAGCCAAAGAACGUUCUAGUUUCAUGCUGGGAGACUUUCCAGUAUCAAUAAAAAUAUAUUUUCACUGGAGAGCAGCAGCACACCCAACUGAGAAGAGACAUCAGUAGACCACAGGGACUGCCAGAUUGCGCUUAUAGUUUUAAGGGCACUUCUAACACUAUGGUUUCUACUUGGGUACCAACAACCCGGGUGUUAGCCCCAUUAGGUAAAAAGGACAUGAGUGUGUGCAAAGCACCACUUGUCUCAUUAAAACAAGCAGCUAUUGUUUAAUCUUUUCCUCAUCACAUCUUUCAUCUCUUUUAAAAUAAAGGUGAUUUAAAAUAUAAAAAUGAAUUUAAAAAUAUAAUAAAAAAGAAAUGAAAUGAAAUAAAGGUGAUUUAUACAAAUAUUAAGCGUGGUAUUCAACUAACUUCUUGUGCUAGCACAAGGAUUGAAAUUUAAUGCAAGGGGAUUUCUCCCCCCCCCCUGUCCUUUCUUCUCAUGUGCCUUAUAUUAUCCCCAAAUCUGCUCCAGAGGGUUUGGGGAACCUGUCAGCAGAUCUGCACUGGCGGCUGAUUUGUUACUUUGUCAAGUUCAUGGUGAUAACAUUAGCAUUUAAAGCCCUCAAAAGUUUGGGACCAGUUUAUGUGAAAGGUAACCUUAACUUGUAUGUGUCCACUCAGCUCUGUGAAAAUGACAUGGUUGCAAGCAUGUAAAGUUCAUCCUGCACUUGGGGAUAAGUUGAUCCUGUGUGGCAGGCAUCCACUCUUUUAAUAUUAGGCAGGUGCCAUUGCUUUAUCAUUGGGCAGGCUAAUAAAGAAUCAAUCUGCAAUGAGGUUUUGUUUUGUUUUUUAAAUUUUCAGGAUGAAACCAGUUUCUCAAGAGCUGCUUUUCAGGGGCAAAAAAUAUGCAGUAGAUCGAAACUGGGUGUGGACUACUGUACAUAGAAAAAGCAGGGAGAUCGUCUCCAUUGAUUCCGUAAUAAGAUGUGCGUACACAGCCUUUAGUGUGCAAUUUGAAAAAUGCUGUUUCGAGUGAACUCGGCAAAUGUGAUCGAAUCAUCAUUAAAGCAGAUCUGGCAAGAAUGUUAUCUCCUUCAGUGCUGAAAAUAUAUCAUCCAUAAAUCAAAGCAUAUGAUAGCAAUCUCACCAAGCACAGCAGGACAUUAGGUUGUGUUGUAACGGUCAGAUCUGAUCAGAUGUGUGUUUUUUAAUUGGUUUUGAAUGUUACAAAAAGUCUCUCUCUUACACUGCAAAACUCAAAAAUGUUCCAUGCAGCUUAUUUGCACAAGGCACCAGAGAAACCACAGAUUAACAGCUGGAAGAAAGCACAGCUAGGUCUCAACCCUCUUUGCAGCUCUGAUGGGAUCUGUGUCAGCUUGGCAGCCUUAUAUGCAACCACCUCAAAUUUUUCAGCCAUAGACCCUGGGAGCUGCAGCCUACUGUCUUGUGUGGGGUUGGGAUAGCACACAUUUUCCCCAUCUGGGGCAUUCACACCACAGCCCAUAAUCCUGUCAUAAUUCUGACACCAGAGGUUUUAUCAACUGUUACUGAUUGACUAUUAAUGAUUUUUUCCCCUCCCUCUCUUGACACCCAUGCAAAACAAAAGACCCAGGGUAGUGUCUCUUGUUAUGGGAUAUUAUGCCGCUCUUUCAGCAAACCUGCAUGGCCUUCUCAAGGCAUAGCUGCAUGUCUCUUAUAUUGGUGAUUAGAUAUGCUCAGGCAAGACCUCUGAUCUUGUAAAUGAUGAGAUUUGAAUCUAGCAGCUCAAGUUCUACAAGGUGUAUCAAGGCUCAAGAGCUGAGUUCGUCAGACAGAAUCAAGGCACCAACAUUUGCAUUUUUAAAAAUAGAUUGGAUAAGCCUCUGCCAGGGGUGGUUUUGGGUCUAAUUAACCCUCAGUGCAGACACAGAGACUAGAAAACCUUUAAAGCUUAAACAAUUCUCGCAUUAAAACCCAGCCUUUUCACCUGUCUGUCCCUCUAUGAACAGAGCAAAGAUUAGAUCUGUUUGGGUAUGGCAUACAUAUUUCACCCAUUGCAACACUGCUGGCAGGGAAUGAUUUGUGCAUGAUGCAAGGCAUGUGAUUGCUCUGUUAAAAUAAAAAAAAGGCAGGCAGGAGGCAGAGGUUAAGAAUGCAGUUGGGGGGAGUGCAGUGCUGAAAAGCUAAAGACCUGAUCUCCCAUGAGGCAAAGGUAAAUCCCACAAGCAGCUUUUCAUUCUUCUGCAACUCUGUGUAGAGGUGCUAGGCAUCUUUCCAGAAUCAAUAACAUGUUAGCCAGGGGAGCAGCUUUUCUUGAGUGCCUGAUAAAGGUCUGGGACUUACGCAACAAUCCCAUCUCUAUUCAAAAGCAAACGUCUGCCACUUCCGUGUUUGAGUUGCAGGAUUCUUUUUCCUGAACAGAAAUGGCUUUUCAGAGUCCUUUGACUGACCUUUUAAUAUUUCCUCCACAGCUUCUGAGGACCAUGUAUUCUAGUGCUCUUGGGUCAUGGUGAUGACUGUGGCUCCUUCCAUCCUCACUGAGUUCUGCUGGAGCACUUUUCAUGGCCAGAGACAUAUGGGAGGUCAGCUCAGCUCUGGUCUAUCCAUGUUUGUCCUUCAAUGAAAUGGUUGUUUGGUGUUUUGUGAAAGUUUGUAGUAGGCCCUUGGAAAUCUAAAGAGAAAGCAGCCUUUCCCAGUGGUGCCCAACCAGCCCUAGGUGUGUUUAGGAAUGCAGCUCCAACUUGAUUAUGUGGGGCUUACCAUGUCUGAGCAGACAGCAAGCAGUGGACCUGUUUCCAUAUUAGAGAGCCUUUCUGACCUCUGUCCUAUGAUCCAAGUUCAGCAGUUGCUAUUCUGAGCUGAAAACCUUUAUCUACAUCAUGAUAAAUAAGGGUGAGAAAUGCUUUAGUAACAAUUUCUAUUGCAUGUAGUCUAUUGCAACAAAAACAAGAGGGACAAAAGCAUGGUAGCAACUUAAUAUUCUGUAAGCUUUCUGAAUAUGAUGAAGCAGACUUUAGUCAAUGAAAGCAUUUAGCAUAAUAACAACAGUGUCACAAAACUGUUGUUUUGGGGAUGUGGUGUUUCCUUCCCCAUUGAAUUUAAUUGACCCAUGUUACUCCAUGACACAAGGAUCUUUGGUUUUACUGCAAGGUGUUCUGCCCAAGGUGUAGGUCACUUUUUGAACAUGUGCAAAACCCUCACACCAUUGGUAUUAAUUAAUUAAAUUUAUACUAUAUACCACCUUUCUCUUCCAAGGAUCUCAGGGUGGUAUACAUGGUUCUUAUUCCUCCCCAUUUCAUCCUCACAACAACCCUGUGAGGUAGGUUAGGCUAAGAGGUGGUGACUAGGCUUUGCACCCACCCUGUAUGAUUCGGAGUGGCCCCUCCCUUUGAUUCCCACUUCAGCUGUCAUGUAAGGAUGAUUUGACACACACCCGCUUCCAAAUCUUCACUCACCCCUUCUUCCCUGGCUGGGGGUGGGUGGGCACCAUUUUGUGGUUCGCCUCAGGUGCCAAAAUGUAUUGGUCCAGCUCUGCCUACAUGUAUGUAUCAAUGUGAGCACUGUUUAUAAUGGAAAAGCAGAGAUUCACUCUGCCACAGAGUUUAGGUUUUAAGAACUACCAGUCCUUUUCAUCUUGCUCUGCUCAGUUCUUCAGUUUGACUCAUCUGCUUAGAGUGGCCCCUCCAUCUCCUACCUACUCCCCUGUCUCAAAAUCUGCCACCUCAUUUGCGCCAAUUGAUUGCGUUAUGGGUGUUUCCAGUCCAGAUGACCUGUUUAUUGAGCUUUCAUCCUGAUUUGUUUGCAGGGAGACUACCGUAGGUGAUGUUGCCUUAAGCAAGCGUUAAAUUGCAUAGAUGAGCGUUUGUUAGGCAAGCCCUCUCAAUCAACUAACACUGCAAACCUGCAUUGUUCAGCACGUGACUUGAAUUCCACCCCAAAAUAGUGAGAGUCUGGAAGCAUCCCAAAUUAUCUCUAGCAGAUUUUGGGGGUGGGGAGCAUUGUGCUCUUAUAGCAUGUUGCUCAACAGUCCUAUUAUUACUACACGGUAAGGCUGCUGUUUUAAAGGCAUUUACUGAGGGGGGAGUGUGUGCUAGCCCCGUUGAACAGAACAGAGCUUACUUCGAAGUAAAACUAGAUUGGGAUCGUAUUGUGAGAAAGAUAAAAGAGGAGAUCUUUGACGGGGCCAACUCUGGUCUAUUAAGCAUGAGUUGCAAAGGAAGUAGAAUGCCCCCGCAUUAUUAAUGAAUAGCUUGAAAUCGGAGCCGUCAGCCGUCUCCCUCUGGGCAACGCCGAAUCUGAACCGUAAUCCAAUUAACAAAGUCUAGCCGGCAGAGACCUUCUUUGUUCUUUGAGCAAUCAGGUGAGAAACCUCAGCCCGCAUUUACUUCCCCCCUUCCUCUGAAUCUUUUUCGCCAGCUAGAGCUGAUCCGAUAAGAUCCAAUGAUUCCAAUCACCUUUAAUUAGUCCUUUUGUUAACCAAUGGUUGUUUUUUUUUUAAAAAAUGAUUAAAUAAUAAUAAUCAAACCGAAGAAGACCCAUAGGGAUGUCUUUACGCUACAAAUGUAAAGAAUUUUUCCGGAGUGAACUCCCUUGCCGAGUGGGAGUCAAAUUCUCUUGGAAGAAGAAUAAGCGGAUACUUGUUAACAUGCUGAAGGUGAGAGACAAUGAGGCCAGAGUCCUGAGAUUGGAAGCAGUUGCAAGAAGCCCACACUCGGCUGACCCAGAAAGGGAAAAGUUCCGCCUGAGAUCAGUUCAAUAUGGCGGCCAAUCCCUGCAGAGCCAGGCUGGAAACAACUCCGCGUACAAAUGGCUCCGCCAUCAAAAGGCCAUGAAUAAAGACACGGUGUAAUGGAACACCAUAAUUUGCGCGCACAAAGAGAAAGUCAUAGGGGUGUUCCUUUUUUUUUGUUUCUCCCUAAACAUCCAAGACGAGGCACUUUUCAGCCUGGCAGUGAUCCAGCAGCAGUUAAUUUGCCUCCCAGGGAAAGCCCAGCUCUAGCCUUUCCCUUGACAAUAAGUGCCAACAGUUGCAUUUCUGUGGUUCCCUGGAGGUCUCCCCAGUUCUGCUUGGCUUGGUGCCAGUCUAGAGUUUAAAGGGCACAAGGCCUGCUGAUGACUGCAAUGAGAUUUGCAUCCUUCUGUGUCAGAAACUUCACAUAGGAACUAGUAAAGUCAUCACGGGUUCUUCUAUUUUUCCAUAAUUCUCUGGACGUGGCCUAAUAACUGCAGGAGAGGCAUUUACAUGCUGUAUCUUUAAAGCACAUUUGAAGCACUUUAUUUCCCUCAAAGAAUUCUGGGCCCUGUAGCUUCCUCCUCGCAGAGUUACAAUUCCCAGCAACCCUGAACAAGCUACAGCGUCCAUAAUUCUUUGAGGGGCAAAUGUGCUUUGAAUGUGCUUUCGAGGUAAAGUAUGUACAGUAUGUAACUCAGCGCUUUUAGGCUUCUUUCACUGAAUAAAUAUGUACUGCAAAAAGCUCUCAAUUCUCAAGGUAGUUGGCUUUUCUGAAAAUAUAGGGUAGUAUUCAACUAAGUUUCAAUCAGAGUAGACUCAUUGAAAUUAAUAAAAACAACUAAGUUAGGACCAUUAAUUACAGUGGGUCUACUCCGAGUAGAACUUAGGUGACUGUCACCCAUAGGGAGGAAUUCAAAUUAGCACAAAGGGGAUUGCUCAGUCUUCACAAGCAUUUUUGUUUGCCUGGUGAAACAAUCUCCCCUCUGCUUCCCCUGCAUGUUGUUCUGGGGUUUCUCAUCUGGGUGCAGUCCCUGCUCCCUAAUGGUGUCCCAGAAAGGAAAACACCAAAAGGGCUAUCCUUAGCAUUUGGGUAGUGUAACACUUUGAAGGGCUCGAAACCCUUCACAAACAUUUUAAGCAAUCUUCACAACAAUCUUGUAAGUUAUCCUGCAUAGUUCAGUUCAUGGUUCAAGUGAGAUUUUGAAACGGUGACUUUCCAACUCUUACUGUUGUUGUUGGCCUCCCUCUGCCUGUUUCAGUAGAGAAUGGAAGACUGAGCCUUUGGGGGUGAAGGGAAACUGUUGGAACUUGGAAGGUUACAGGAGGGCAUCAGCCUUUGCACCCCUCAACCCUUUCUUGUGUAGUCUCCUCUGCCCUGCAUUGUGUUUCAGGAAGAAGAACACAAGAUAAAGGGAUUUAAAAAGCAAAUACAACUACUCCAAAAUAAGUCAUUGGGAGUCUACUUCAAAUUUAUCGUUUUAUCUCUCCCCCCCCCCCGGUACUGUUAUUUGCAGCUCUUCUGAGAACCAAAUUUGUGGGUUACAUGGUGUCGUCAAUAAAGCAGUACAUAGAAAAUAGGUGAGUGUAAGGUUUCUCCUGACUUUUAUUCUCCCAUGCCUUUGGAAAAUCUGGAAAAACUAGUCAGUGAGCCAUUUAAACAAAUGCCACAUUGAUGGCAUGCAAAUUUGUGCAGAAAGCGCACAUAAAGUCCCCAUAUCUGGAGAUUUGGGAUCUGGCAGUCCUUUUCCAGAGGGUGAUGUAACUUGCCUUCAUUCUCCGAGAUUCUUGUGAUUCACAGCAAUAAUGAUAGGUUGGAGCAUAUAAGUGGUUGCCAUGUGGCUAGUGUAAUAGAGGCCUAACUGUUUUUAAAGUGUGGCUUAUUUCCCCCCCUCUUGGCUGUUUUUCUAGCUCUGCCCCAGUCUAGUAUGUGCAUUUUCAAUGAAUUAUGUGCAAAUUAGUUGUUGUCUUGUGGGCUUUUCCCUCUUGCCCUCAGGUACCUUAUGGGUAUGUGCCAAUUUUAGAGUCACUGCAGUACAGAAGUUAAGAGUUUUGUGGGCCUUCCAGACUGGCUUUUAAAAAAACAACAUUUUUGGUGUGAGAGUUGGUGUAUUCUACGGACACGGAGCAAUGGAUUCAAGCUACAAGAAAGAAGAUUCCACCUAAACAUUAGGAAGAACUUCCUGACAGUAAGAGCUGUUCGACAGUGGAAUUUGCUGCCAAGGAGUGUGGUGGAGUCUCCUUCUUUGGAGGUCUUUAAGCAGAGGCUUGACAGCCAUCUGUCAGGAAUGCUUUGAUGGUGUUUCCUGCUUGGCAGGCGGUUGGACUCGAUGGCCCUUGUGGUCUCUUCCAACUCUAUGAUUCUAUUAUUUACUCAAGAAGAAAUAGAAUGCUCAACGGGAGGUACAAAUCCUUAAAAACAGCCCCCCAAGCUGAAUUGUCUUUCGAUGAAGGAGAUGAUAGACUGCAACCCCACCCUCCCUAGCUCUCCAGAUAUUGUUGGACUACAACCCCCACCAUCUCUGACCACUGGCCAUGCUGGCUCCUGCCUUGUAUAUAUGUGCACACCUUAUCUGACCACCUGUAGCAUGUGCAGAGAAUAUGCAUAUUGUACAGUAGCCACAACCAAGCACACCCUAAGUGCCCACACAGCAAAGGCAUCUUGCAUGAUGUGAUCCUUGUUCCACCCAAACCACUUCCAUUCCUUCAGAGGACAAGUGGUAUUGCCGCCCUGCGCUGCUUAUAGGGGUCCCCAUCUCCAAGGAAGGUGCCGUUGUUUUCGGCACGAUGGAUUUCAACAUAAAAUAAUUGUUUACAUGAAUUUGACUCCAAGUUCCUUCAUCUGGGCUUGCUGUUGUCCUGCAGAUGUAUAAGAAUGGAGCGGCCACCCUCACUAGCUCCAAGUGCCUUUCUGGCUCCCAUUCCUCUCAACUGACACUGAGGCAGAAGUUAUUUCAGGAAACAGUUUUUUCCCUCACUGUCAGGGUGUGGCUUGCUGUUCCCACUCUAGUCUUUUCUCUCCCACCACCUUCGUUUUUCCUCUCUCCAUUCGCAGAUCGGUUUGCAUUGAAAGACAGCUCAGGGGAAAAAACCCAGCUUUAAAAAAAUGACUGGCUACUCUCUAGUUCUGCUGGGAGAUUCCCACUGCUGCAAAGCAUAUGUUUAAUUUUUAAUCUUUUGUAUACUGCUUUGAAUUGAGACUGAUGGGGGGCAGUAUAAAAAGUCUUACUUUUACUACUAGGUAAAGGUAAAGGGACCCCUGACCAUUAGGUCCAGUCGUGAUUGACUCUGUGGUUGCGCGCUCAUCUCGCAUUAUUGGCCGAGGGAGCCGACGUAUAGCUUCCAGGUCAUGUGGCCAGCAUGACAAAGCCGCUUCUGGCAAACCAGAGCAGCACAUGGAAACGCCGUUUACCUUCCCGCUAUAGCGGUUCCUAUUUAUCUACUUGCAUUUUGAUGUGCUUUCGAACUGCUAGGUUGGCAGGAGCUGGGACCAAGCAACGGGAGCUCACCCCGUCAUAGGGAUUCGAACCGCCAACCUUCUGAUCAGCAAGCCCUAGGCUCAGUGGUUUAACCCACAGCGCCACCUGGGUCCCUACUCUUACUACUAAUAUUUUUUAUUUUUUUGUUUCUAUUAUUAUUAUUAGCUGCAAGUUGUUCUGAGUUGCCCUGCUUCUGCAGCUGGCCCUACCAUUAGGCAGAAUGAGACGACUGCCUCAGGCGGCAUAUGCUGGGAGGUGGUGGUGCCUCUCAGCUCCCUGUUUCGAGCACCCUGACCAUACCAUUCUGUUGGGGAAGAGAGCUGUGUGUCAUGCCCUCCACCUUUAUAACUACCCUGCUGAUCUCCCUCAGGGUUUGCCCUAUAGAACUGAAGUAGGAUUCAGCAGCCAGUUCAGUUGACUUUGUGUGGCAUGGGUGUGCGUGUGCCAUUUUGUUCUUUGCCUCAGGCAGUGAAGUGUCUUGAGCCGGCCUUCUGUACAUGUCAGUACAUCAAAUGCUGGAUCAAUGAGUGUGUCAGUCCUUUGACUUACUCCUUCCUUCUUACAGCAAGUAGACUUUAGUUAAGUUUGUGUAAUUGUCAAUGCCCAUCACUGCCACACCCCAAUCCCCAGAGAAAUUAUAUAUAUUUAUUUCCUGUUUCAAAAUAUAUUUGAUGUUUCAAAUUAAUUUCUAAUUUCUCUGGGGAUGGGUGUGUGGCCUUGUUGGGCACUGACAAGUAGGCACCCACGGAGGGAGAGCUUUUUUCUUCUGCUCGACUUGAAACCAAACCAAAAACUUGCAGGUUCGUUUUUUUCUCCCAGAACUUGCUCCAAAGGUACACAUGUGUUUUGAGGGCAGAAAAGGUACUUUGAAACAUCACAUUGGUCUUCACUCAAUUUACGAAGGAUCUUCAUUGGGGGUGAGGAACCUGUGGUCUUCUAGGCAUUGCUGGACUACAACUCCCUUCAUCCCUGACUGUUGCCCAUGCUGGCUGGGGCUGAUGGGAUUUGGAGUCUUCACAACAUCUGAAGGGCCACAGGUCCUGUCCCAUCCCUGAUCUAGAUCCUAGUGGGCUAAACUUCAGGAGAAGGGUCAGUGGGCCUUGAGUUUUGUUUUCUGGAAAAAAACCCUGCUAUUUCCGAUCACCAUUGCUUCUUGGGUCUCAUUGCUGGCACACUGACACACCACUCUGUCUUUGAUGUUUGGGGCUGCAGUUCUGUGCACAUUUACCUGGGAGCAAGUCCCACUGAAUACUGUGGGACUUACUCCCGAGUAAACAUACACAAACUGGCACUGUGUGUGAAGGAUGGCUCCUAGAUUUAGCAGUGGAAAUAAGGCUUGCCUUUUGGGUUCUCAGUACUUUAAGAAGGCGCUUGAAAGUUCUCUAGUUAGUAAAUCUGGGAAGAAGUGGGUUAAACUAGCAUAAUGACAGUGCUUCAGUCUUGGUUAUAACCUUUAGUAGUGAAGCACUGAUGUCUAAAAAUAGACUUCCAAACACGUAUUUAGGCUCCUGAAUCAGUCCCCUAAUUUUUCAUAGCACCCAACAAUCUUCACUGACUUGAUUAGUAGCCUGUAGAUUUUUCUACUUUUGGAGGAGAUGGGAGUUCAGUAUUAGUCCUCCCUUGAUUUUUGGGUAUUCUUGUCUCCUGAUUACUCAUUUUAUGGAUGGGAUGUUUGAACUGAGACUACCCGUAUAUUCUGGUGCAUAAGACAACUGGGCAUAUAAGACGACCCCCAACUUUUCCAGUUAAAAUAUAGAGUUUGGGAUAUACUCGCCAUAUAAGAAAUACGACCCGGCGUAUAAGACGACCCCCGACUUUUGAGAAGAUUUUCCUGGGUCAAAAAGUAGUCUUAUACGCAGGAAUAUACAGUACAUUUUUUGGAGAGGAAGGGAAGUUAAGUCCAAGAGACACAUGCAUUGACAGUGUCAAGGAACCGGCUGUCUAAGUUCUGGGGGCAUUUACAAAUAUCUUAUUCUAAUCUUUUAAGAUGUUACAACGCACAGCAGUUCUGAACCACUGUCAUUAAUUUGCUUUCCAAUAUUUACUAGAAACCAGCUGGGGAUCCAGAGUAAAUGCAAGCCAGAAUACAGUAUCGUGUUCUCUGGGUGGUAGCUGACUUAAGUCUUGAUUGAUUUAUUGAUUUCAUAAGAUUUAUACACCGCUUGAUUGUUAAUGACCUCAAAGCGAUUUACAAAAAGAUAAUAAAAUCAAGAAUAAUUCACACCCAUACUUUAGAACAUACAAAAUAUAAAAUACUAAAACAGAUUAAAAUUACCCCAACCUUCCAAGCAUCUGGGAAGGCUUUCCUAAAGAAGAAUGUUUUCAGCAGGCGCCAAAAAGAAUUCAGUGAAGGUUCCUGCUUGAUCGCAAUAGGCAGAUGCUACCACACUAAAUGAUCUGAGUUCUUACAAAUGUGUAGUACUGCCAGUUCUGCCAAUCAAAACGGUUGAGUGGACACAUGAGGAAUAAGGCCCUCUUCUAGGCCCCCUUGUUAAGGGCUUUAUGUACUAAUACUGGCAGUAACAGUUAGUUGUGAAUAACACAAGGCAUUGGAAAUUUGUGAUCAGAUUUCCAUCUCUGUACAUUUCUGGUAAUAAAAAAACCCUCCCUAUCUGUAUGUGUCUGUAUCUGAAAUCUGUUUAUCACAAACAAAGGGACCACAUUAUGGCAGUUUGGUGACUGCAGCUUGCUGGGGCAUGUCAUUGUUAGAUAAUAGGGUAAAUAUGUGAAGACAUCUAAUCAGAUGAGGCCACUGAUGUGACCGUUACACUUCCUCUUCCUUGACUUCUUAGGCAGUUACAACUGUAUUGUUUCUGACCACUGAAACAGCAUUUUCCAUAAACGUAUACACGAUAAGCACAGCAUUUCUGCUGUAUUAUGCUUAGAAUAUGAAAGUCAGUAAACACAAAACUCCAAAUGGAGACUUAAAUGUCGGAUCAUAGAAUUGUACGGUUUAAAGGGACCUCAAGGGCCAUCUAGUCCAACCCCUUGCAAUGCAGGAACCACAGCUAAUAAUUAUCCAUGCAAUGGAAAAACACUCUGUGCUGGUUGAGCUUGGAUGUCAGUGGCUAUGAAUGAUCCAGUGCAAUGAUCCAAGCUUGCAUAAGGUUGAUUUCAGUGUGACUUGUGCGCAUGCACCAUAGCACUGGGCUGUGGCCAUUAGGCUUGAAGCAAGUGGUUAAAAUGUAUGUCAGGCCAUUAACAAUAUGGAAUAUGAGACCUUCGCUGUUGUCAUGUGGAAACUCCUAACAGCAGCACUCAGGGUUCCCAGCCAACCAUGUCCCUCCUUCAGGAUAUUCCAUUCUGUUCCCCCAGCCCCUUUCCCAACAUUCCAUGAGUACUAGGCAUGCUCAGUUAUCACUGAGCUGGUUUCUUGGAGAGGGCACUUAGGUUGGUUUUUUUGCUAAUACCUCGCCCAUGUUUCUCAGUGGCUCUAUUUUUUGGGAGCAGCAUUCCUAUGGACACUCACCACCUCAGUUUGUUAUUAGAAUGGUGGGUAUUUUUCAGUAGAUGGGUGAUGGGUAUUUUUCAGUAGAGUAUAGCUGGGGAAAUCUAAUGUAUGGCCUGUAGACUGUCUUUAGAAUCUUAUUUUAACUGGUUUAGUACUAACAAAUGAAAAGGAAGACAGUUGCUCAAUAGCAGCAGCCCUUAAAGUCCUACAGCUUAAGUUUCUACUCAUUCUUAUUUCCAUUCUGUCGCUAACUCUUUCACCCUUGUGAGAAUGUGUUCAUGUUAGUAAUUCCCUGCAGGUGGGCACUUUUAGACUUGGCUCACUGAAAAAAAAGCAAACUCCAUCUGGAACACAAAGUGCAGGAAAAGCAACUAACGUCAACAUUUAUCUAACUACUUUUCUCUCACACAAAAUAAAUGAUGCUUCCUGGUUAGAAAUCUCUCCACACCAGUUUUGAACUCCUGUUAUUUUUACACAUAUGAAUAGAAUUGUGGUUUUUUUGUUUUUUUACAAUUGCACAAUGAGCAGGAGCUGGGAAGCACUUGGAGCUUCUAAAGGAAACAGUGCUGGCUUUUUGCACCCUUCAGUUGCCUCCAAGAGCCAUGCCAAUGGAUUUGUUCCCAUUGGUUCAAGUGACUCUGAGUGCAGGUGUUCCACAUGCUUUUUCCCAUGCAGUGUGGGGUUCCAGUCUGCAAGCAAUUUGGACGGAACAGCUGUCCGGCAUGGAAAACAAGGCGACUGUUGUGCAAUCAAUCCAAAAUUAAAUUUAAAGUGCAAGGGAUGAGAUGCUAACAGCAUUUCAUUUGGCUGCCCAAAGUAACUUUGUGACACCAGUGCUAUGGGCGACAUCCUAUGCAGGAAAGGCCAUGGGCAUCACAGAGAGAGAAACCCUAUGCUCAGUGGGCCUUACACCAAGGUUUUGGGCAGAGUGAAGAAAGUGGAGAAAUUGCUCCCCCACCCCCAUUUGUGCAAGAAAACAUCUCCGUCUGCAACCCCCCAAGCGCUCUUCGGUCGCCGAGUCUCUUCCAAUCGCCGCCUGGAAGCGCAGAGCCGAAUGUGAAGCACUGAAAGAUGUCCAGGCUAUUAAUCUUCUCAUCCUGAGCCCAAACUCCCUUGAUUUUGACCAGCGGGCAAUGUUUCAGAAGUUGUCCACUCCUGGCUAUAACAUGGCUGCAGACCUUUUGCUACUGAGCCACAAAAGAAAACAUAGGACUCUGGAAUCCUGCUCUGGAUCACCCUGAGGAGAACAGUGUUAGGUGCACACAACUCUCUGAUGUUGCGGUGCAACAGUGGCAUGGCUCAGAGGGCCUGGGUCAGCAGGCUCUUCCAGAACCGCAAAGCCCAGCUAUUACUGGUCAACUCCCUGACUUUUGGCCUGGAAGUCUGUCUGGCUGCCGGCAUCACUUACGUCCCACCUCUCUUGUUGGAAGUGGGAGUGGAGGAGAAGUUCAUGACUAUGGUUCUGGGGAUUGGGCCAGUUCUGGGCCUAGUGUUUGUGCCACUCAUCGGUUCCGCCAGCGACCAAUGGCAUAGCAGCUAUGGCCGCCGGCGGCCUUUCAUCUGGGUCCUGUGUCUGGGAGUUUUACUGAGCCUUCUGAUCAUCCCUCAUGCACAACGUCUGGCCAGCCUCAUUGCCUUGGAUACCCGCUCCCUGGAGAUUGCCUUCCUUAUAACGGGCAUUGGCCUGCUUGACUUCUGUGGCCAAGUCUGCUUCACCCCUCUGGAGGCUCUUCUCUCCGAUCUUUUCAAGGAGCCCGACAACUGCCGGCAGGCCUUCGCUAUGUACUCCUUCAUGGUUAGCCUGGGAGGCUGCAUUGGAUACCUGCUGCCGGCAAUUGACUGGGACAGCAGCUUCCUGGCUCCUUACCUGGGGAGGCAGGAGGAGUGCCUCUUCAGCCUCCUCACCAUCAUCUUCCUCAGCUGCGUCUUGGCCACUGCCUUUGUCACGGAGGAAGUGGUAGCUCAGGUGGAAGUGCUGGCAGGCCCUGCAAUGAAGGAUUCCUCCAAGUCCCCGCCUCUGGCCUGCUGCUCUUGCUGGCUUCCAAAGAACUUUCUGAGGACCAGGCACCUGGUCCAGGCCUUCAGGAGCCUUUGCGCCUUAGCCCCACGCCUGCACGGAGUCUGCUGCCGCAUCCCCAAGGUCAUCCGGCAACUUUUUGUGGCCGAGCUCUGCAGCUGGAUGGCCCUCAUGACCUUCAUGCUGUUCUACACUGACUUUGUUGGGGAAGGACUGUAUCAGGGAGUUCCCAGAGCUGAGCCAGGCACAGAAGCCAGGCGGCACUACGAUGAAGGGAUUCGAAUGGGUAGCCUGGGCCUCUUUCUCCAGUGCAUCAUCUCCAUCAUCUUCUCGACAAUCAUGGACCGGAUGGUGAAGCAGUUUGGGACACGAAUGGUCUACCUAGCUAGCGUGGCCUUGUUCCCGCUGAUGGCCAUCAUCAUGUGCUUCUCUCAGAGUAUUGUCAUCGUCACCGUUUCUGCCGCCCUGACAGGCUUCCCUUUCUCAGUGCUGCAGAUCUUGCCGUACACACUGGCAUCGCUUUAUCAUCAUGAAAAACAGAUAUACUUGCCCAAAUAUAAAAGUAAAGAAGACGACGCAGCUCAGCUGGAGAAGAAACACAGCUUCCUCAAGAGCCACCUUCCUGGACAAAAAGUGACCUACCAGAAUGGACACGGCGGAAGCCUUUUCUCCCCGCCUGUUGCAGGCUCUGCUCUGUGCGUCAGCUCACCCUGUGAGGUCUCUCUCAUCAUGAUGGUGGGAGACUCGGACACCGCAGCAGCAGCAAGCCGAGGCAUCUGUUCGGACUUGGCCAUCCUGGACAGUGCAUUCCUCCUUUCUCAGGUCAUCCCCUCCCUCCUCAUGGGCUCCCUUGUCCAGCUCACACAGUCCGUCACUGCUUACAUGGCAUCAGCUACUGGCUUUGGGCUCGUGGCCAUUUACUUUGCAACCAAAGUGAUCUUCGACAAAAGUGACAUGGCCAAGUACUCUGUGUAGGAUGGGGAAAAGACUGCCGAGGGAAUUUCGCACAUUGAAACGGGUCAACCAAGAAGAGUCAAGUGGGGCACAUUUGCGGCCUCUUCCUCCCUCCCUCCCAGGUUGUGCUGUAAUGAGACAUGCAAAAAAAAGAAAGAAAAAGAAACCCGGGGCUCCCUCUGGUUGAAGGAAAAGCAGUACUAGGCUGAUCUCAGGGUAUCUAACAAAAGGGAGUCUAGUUUACUGUUGUCUGUUUCUCCCUAAUGCCUUCAUUGAAGUGCCUCUGCACAGAAGCCUAUAGCAGAUGCUUGCAGGUAUGAAAAGUAAAAUGCCAUCCUUUCUACAACAGGGUACUUGCUCUGAUAGCUUUGUCACAUGGCGUGGCGGGAUGGUGACACAGCGCAGGAAGGGACCAAAGCUGUAAUUACCGGUAACCUCACUUCUUAAGCCCCUGUUCACACCAUUGCAGAUGGGGAAGGGAUGGGUGCUGAGCUGAAUUUGCUGUACUCUCUCUCUCUCCAGAGCUGUGUGGCCCGCCAGCCCCAACCCCAUGCUGUCUGAAGCAAGGGAACCUGCUUGGCACAAGUAGGCUUUCAGCAGGAUUCAUUAACAUUGCAGGCCCUGUGCUUCAGACAUGGACACAAUUGCCCUCGCAAGCCAACAGGACUUUAGUUAUGCCUUUAGGACAUUGAUGUUGCUUGGUCUUCAUGUGGGAAUACUGAGUCGUCAUGCCCAUGUAACAUAACAUUUUGGGUAUUGGUGUGAACCAGGUGGGGAAAAUUUGUGAAGGAGAUUGCGAAUGGGCAUAUCUGUAGAAACAAUCCUUUCCCCAUAGAAGCUGUUCCAGAUGUGCUGCAGUUCGGAACCCAGGAUCAAGCUGGUAUAAAUAAGCUGAGCAGGGCUCCGUAGGAGGGGGUUUGCUUAGCAGAGGAUGCUGCGGUUGAGCUGGCGGCAAGUCUGCAGUGGCGUGACGGAAAUUAAAACCUUGGUCCUCACCCGAUACUUUCCCCUGUGUAUGCCCCAAAUAGAGCUUGCUGUUUGUGCAAACAGAGAGGCUUGCAUUAACGUAGGUUGAAGAACAUGCUCCUCUGGGGGACCUGGCUUUAAGUGACUGACCGGCACAAACACAUCACACUGCCUUCCACUGUGCAGUCCUGUAAAAAGAGGCCUAGUGUGCCAGCAAGGUUGAAAAAAAUAAAAAACCUUGCUCCUGUUAAGGUGGUGAUGUGGCCAGCGUGGUUGUGCUAAAGGGCUCUGUGUUGUUGUUGUCGUUGUUUUUAAAGCACACCACCCAACUGCGUUUUUGUAUACCACAAGGCAGGCUCCAGGCAGAGGCUUUUUUUCCAGUCUGUGAUCCAGUAUAUCUACCACCCAGACAGUGUAGAGGCUCUCCCUAGGUUGAGUAAGCUAUGUAAAGCAAACUGCUCUAUUUUUAAAUAUAUUCUGUAGCUGUUGUCACUGCUGCAAAGCAGUUUUCAAUGAGCCAUGUAGCUUGAGGCUGUUUGCAGAGCAGCAUGCAGUGUAGGCAGUUGUAACUUAAGAGAGCGUGGAAACUGCACAUCCAGUUCAGGGAACGUAAAACUGUGCGAUUGAGAAGCCAAACCCCUUCCCCCAAAGUCCAUUGGAUUCAGGAAAUUUGAAUGAAAAAAAGUUGCUGUAACUAGCUCAGGACCAAGAUUGAUACGAUGUUAAUUAUAUGAAUUCAAUUAAGGUGCACUUUGUGGGGGGUGGAGUGGGUGGGAUUGUGUUACUAGCAGCCUCAAAGAAGCAUGUACAGUCUCUGGAGGGACCACUGUCUCUCUCCCUGCCGUGGUCCUAACAAAAAUGACCCCUCUAAAACUCCUAUUUGUAUGUCAGCGGAAACCUCCACUGGUGCCACAGGGAGCCUCCACUGGCACCAAAAACAAAUUGCUAGAACAGGAGAAAAGCAUCCUGCUCUCCCAGUUGUCUACCAGAUGCCCACAGGAAGCCUGAAAACAGGACUUGAGCGCAGUAGCACUCUUUCCUUAUACUAGCCACCCCUGGGAGUUGUAGCUCAGGGCCAAAGUUCUCCACUGCUUGGGCGGGGAGAGGCUCCGACACACCCUUCUCCAGUCCUGGAUAACCCCAUCUGCCUCUAGGGGAUCCUCGUUGAUGGCUUAGGAACCCAGCAUCUAGGUCAGGAAUUUUCAGUCUUUUCAAGGACCCACCUUAAGCCUAAAUCAAGGACCCACCUUAAGCUAAAUGUGCAACGGAGGACCCACUCCUUAACAUUUUCCCAUUGCACUUGGUUCUGCUGCUCUCGUGACCCACCUUAGUUCAGGCUGUGACCCAGGAGUGAGUCCCAACUCACCAGCUGAAGACUAGGAAGUCUAGGAAAUGUGAGUGGUGCUAGCCAGGAAGCAGGUAUAGAGGAUGAGUGCAAGCUGGGAAGUAGGAGAAGCUCCACUCCAUCUCCAGUGUUAGGGGAGGGGUGUGUAUGUGUGUGUAAGAUGCACACACAACACUCUCUGGUGCACCCCUUCUAAGAAGAAUGGCAUGCUGUUAACUGGGCAAGUAAAGGCAAUGACUGUGCUUGGAAACUGGCAUGAGUACAAAUUGGAAUAAAUCAGAUCAAACUUUCCUCUCGGGGGUUUGCGCAUUAUGGGUGUGGUCCGAGUGACGGUUACAGACUACUGUGUAGGAAAAAGUGUGAAGUUAUUGGGCCUCAAGGACAUGGGCAUCUGCAGCUAACGAGAGAGCCAAGUUAAGGGCUUGUGGGAUGGGUUCAGAUGGGAUGGGGGCCAUAAGGGCUGAGUCGAAUCUCCCAAGUAGAGCUUGUCGCCCAAAACCUAAGCCUGAGACAAAAUGAUACCUAAAAGCAGAGUCUUGCACUCUUGAGCACUUUCAAGUAUAUCAGAUAUGGGGACUAGAGAAAUGUCACUUGUGCCUGUAUUCUGCAAUAUGAAACUUUGAAGCUGUGUGUCAUCCUAUUUGAGCCUCUUCAGUUUCCUGUUUCCUGGAAGCAAUGGAAUUUCUGUGGUUGUGCAGCUGGAAAAGAAUAUUUUGAAACUUAAAUCUGCCCAGGCUGCUGCUUUCUACCUUUUUUUUUCUUAAUUUGGGAGGGAAGAGAAUGUUGCUGCUUCUAACCCUGCCCCAAGAUGGAUUAGAAGAAUUUUACAGUUGGAAAGGACACUGCCUAGUCCAACACUGUCCAGUGUGGGAAUCUUGCACUGCUGAAUCCCUGGCAGAGGGUUGCCCAGCCUCUGCUUAAAUGCUUCCUUUGAGGGAGAACUCUCUACCUCCCAGUCUGUUCUGAGCAUCCAUCAGCUCCAGUGAUCUGCAAUGUUGUAUUCGACAGCCACCCACAGACCUUCAUCCCCUAGCAAAUAGCCAGCUCUAAAUAAGCAUAGUGGUUAGGAACACACUCUUUUUACACUUGAUAUAGAUCACUGAAGAAUCCACCCAGCCAUUGGGCAGUGGAUGGACACAUCCCUACUAUUGCUGUAUGGCCAGUGUUAGCUCAGAUACAUAUGGGGUCCAUUUUCCAAGCUUUCUUAGAGAUCAGUUGGGUAGCAAGUUCUGACUCCUAUGUUACUGAUGUGCUUCAUCUGUCCUCCCCUCUCCCCUCCAGCUUUAUUUAAAGGGAAUUUAUUAUCAUUGUUUGGGCCAGUGAUUGGGUGGUGCCUUUACUUCUCAACAAGAGAAGUUUUGGGGGAAUGUAUCUCCCAUUCUGUGUCUUGCAAAGCACUGUCUGCAAACAAAUUGUGAAUCUAUUUAUUUAGGGAAGUAAAUAUUUUGUACAGUUUAUGUGCAGGGGGUAUUAAAGUCUAUUAAGGAGUGGAAACCUUUAAGAAAAGUGUAUGUGUUUGUUUCUUAAAUUAAUGGAUUUUGAGUUAUUUUAAUUAUGAAAAACAAUUUGUAUACUGCUUAACUACAGUGUCUCUAAGCGGUAUACAAAAAAUAAAAAACAGAAAAGGUAAAAAUCAGAUAAAACUAUAAAAUCUGACUUCAGCCAAAAUGUCUGCUGGCAAAACAAAACAAAAAUCAGUAGACACUGGAUGACCUCAACUGGAAGAGAGCUUCACAAAUUUGGGUCCAUGUCUUGGAUACAAGCCAUGCACCCUAGUCAUUGGAGACUACUAACAGUGACUCCCCCAAAAGACCUCAGUGAUCAGGCAGGGAUAUAAGGGAUUAGGUGGUCCUUGAGGCACCCUGGACCCAAGUUGUUAAGGACCUUAUAAAUUCAUACAAGAAUGUUGAACCUGGCCUAGUAGCAUAUGGGCAACCAGUGCAAGCUUUGGAGCACUGCUGACAAUAGUCUUUCCCCAUCAACAGUUUACCUGCAGCAUUUGGUGCCAAUUUGAGCCUCUGGACCAGGCCCAAGAGUAGACCCUCAUGGAGCACAUGGCCAUAAUCAAGUCUCAAGUUACUAAUGCGUGAACCACUGUGGUCGCACUACCCCUUUCCAAGAAUGGCUGUAGUUUAGUUUGUAGGUGGUAAAAAGCACUAGAACGGACCCAGGAGCAUCCCGAAAAUCUAAGUCUGUUCUUUCAGAGGGAGUGCAACCCCAUUCAGAACAGACCUGCCACUGCUUUGUAGAACUGCUGUGGAUAAUUCCAGAUUACACACACACAGAGAGAGAGAGGGAGAGAGAGAGAGGGAGAGAGAAUUAAUGGGUGGGGAACCUUCUUCUGUCUGCAUUCUUCUUUGCACAGCUUUUGGGGGGCGGGGGUCUACAUGGCAGGGGUGGUGCAGCCAGAGCUGAGAGCCGGUGGAGACAGACAUGACUCUUCCAUUUUUUGCAGUAGGUUAUGUUCCAGCUGUACACAUCCAUGCAUAAGAAAUGGAAGAGUAUAUCUGAGUAGCCAACAGUUGCAGGGUGAAGGUCAGGAGGGCUGAAGCUCAGAAUGAGAGAGGUUAAAAAUAAUAUUACAGGCUUAUUCAGCUAUGUUUGAAGCAAGAAGGAGAAAAGAUACUGAGUGACAGAGAUGGCAGAACUGCUCAACGUCUAUUUGACUCUGUCUUCAUCCAAAAGGAAAACAGUGCCCAAGCUUGUGAUAACAAAAUAAACUGUGCAAGGAGUGAGAUGGAUCCCAAGACAGAAAAAGAGGGAGUAUGAGAACACCUAACUCCCUUAAACAAAUUCAGAUCUCAAGGGCCUGGUGAGCUGCACCCAAGGGUACUAAAGGAGCUCGCCGAUGUAAUCUCAGAUCUUUGAGAAUUAUUGGAGAACAGGUGAGCUCCCUAGGGACUGUUCUACCCAUCUUCAAAAAGGGGGGGAAAGAAGAUCCAGGUAGCUAUCAACUUAUAGCUUGAUGUCAAUACCAGGAAGGGUCCUAGAACAGAUAAUUAAACAGUUGGUCUUCAUGCACUUAGAAAAGGAUGCUGUGAUUACUAAGCCCCAGCAUGGGUUUCCCCCGAAACAAGCCAUGCCAGACAGCUCUACAAUUCUAUGAUUCUACGAUCCUUCAUCCAGGUACGUAGGAGAAUCACAGUUCAAAGAUGCAUUCCAGCCAGGCAAAGAUGCUCAAGGAAGUCAUUGAGCAGGGGCAGUGAAAAAGGUGUGCCCUACAGAGAAAAGGAAUGGCCUAGAGCAGGCAUCCCCAACCUUCAGCCCUCCAGAUGUUUUGGACCACAAUUCCCAUCAUCCCUGACCGCUGGUCCUGUUAGCUGGGGAUCAUGGGAGUUGUAGGCCAAAACAUCUGGAGGGCCGCAGGUUGGGGAUGCCUUGCCUAGAGAGAGCCACAAAUCUGGCCCACAUGCCAGAGGCUCUCCACCGCUGGCAUAAGCACACACAUGUGAAAAACUGAGCUCAGUAUUUUCUUUGCUAAAGCUUCCAUAUGGAAUUCCAUUAGCAAGGUUCCCAGAGAACUACAGUACAUUGGGUGUGUGGGGAUGGCAGAUUUAAAUUUUACCCACCACUUAAUAUUCAUGCCGGGGGGGGGACCGCCCACUGAUUGCUGCCUGUCAUGCAGCUGUUGGCACAAUGUCAGAAAGGCAAAAGUGUACACAAACACAACAAGGCAAAAGGAAGUAGAAGAUAUCAGAACAUGUUUGCCUCAAUAAAAUAACCUUUGGCCUCUCUUACAAAUACCCAGAAUUUGCUGAGGCAAGGAUGGUGAAUUGUUUUUCUUCCUGAGAUUUUAUAUUAACCUAAUUUCUACUGCAACACUGAAUGAAGAAAGAAGUUGGAAGAUCAUCCUUUGAUGCUAUUUCUGAAUUUGCAAGUAUAAAAAUCAUAGAAUGGUAGAGUUGGAUGGGACUCUGAGGGUCAUCUAAGUUCAACUCCCUGCAAUGCAGGAAGCUCAUCUAAAGCACCCAUGACAGAUGGCCAUCGAAUCUUAAGAGGUUUUCUGCACUGGUCCAGUAAAACGCUUCAGCUGCGCUGUACAGACCAGGAACAGUUCUCUUUGCAGAGCAUUAAGCACAGCGGCUGGAUUCUUGUGGCGGUAAAAGCCUUGUAGCUUUGCAGCAGAAAUGACCCAUGGAAGCCCAACUUUCUACAGACAGGUUUAUUGCAGACAGAUAACAGAAACACCUCCAGAGCUUUCAGACAUGACUGCUCCACACCCACAGGCAAACAAAACAAAUGCUCUAUAUAUACUGAGCAUCUUAACAACUUAACGACUUAACUUAAAUCACAUGACCUUGCUAAUUUGCCAGCGUCCUAGGUUUAAAGCCCUAACAAAUCUCUGCUUAAAAACCUCCAAGGAAGGAGAGCCCACAAUCUCCUGAGGGAGUCCGUUCCACUGCUGAACAUCUCUUACUGUCAGAAAGUUCUUCCUGAUGUUUAGUCAGAAUCUCCUUUCUUUCUUGUAACUUGAAUCCAUUGGUUCAAUUUCUACCCUCCAGAGCAGAAAACAAGCUUGUUCCCUGUUCCAUGUCAUAGCCCUUUAGAUAUCUCAAGAUGGCUAUCAGAUCUGCUCUCAGUUUCUGUUUUUCCAGGCUAAACAUACCCAGCUCCCUCAACUGUCCCUCAUAAGGCUUGGUUUCCAGACCCUUGAUCAUCUUGGUGGCCUUCUUUUGCAAAGGAUCUGGUUGCAAAAAUAAAGGCUCUACGAACAGAAAUCUGACCAACAUUUAUCUAGUAUGGUAAUCCUAGGCCCCAGCGCUGAUAAAUAUCGAAGACAAUGGGAGUAGGGGAUGUAGUACUUGAUAUAAUAUAGACUAGUAGAGAGGAGUAUGUGCAAAGGGUUCUGCUUUAACAGGUAAUGUUGCACUUAAAACUUUUUUAAAGGUCUUAAUAGUAUUGUAUGCCAAUAAGCAUAAAGAAAAUGUACAGUCUCCCCCCCCCCCCAGUUGAUGCUGUCACUAAUAAGCUCUUAGCUGCCUGUAUGCUGGGAGUGUAGCAUUUAUCUUGCCAAAAGCUGAGCAUAUCUUCACAGCCAUUAAAGAAAUUAGUGGAACAACAACAAGCCAUUGGCUGAGGAGUGGCUUAAAGCGUGGAAUGCUAUGCUGUUGAAUAAACUAACAGUAGUGAUUAGAUCUAAAUUAGGGGAAAAUCUUAGCUAUAAAUAAUGAUUUUGAGAAAUGGAAGGAGGGACUACUUUGGGGCAUGCUUCCAUUUAUUUAAGCAUUUAAAAAGGAGGAACAGCCCAAGAACCCUGCCAGAGAAAUUUGGCAACCGACCCAUUGAUACAGGCCCAUGCAACUUUAGGCUUGGAAAUAAAUCUGGUUUGUUUCCACUGCUUCAGUUGCAGACCAACUUCCUUUGGCAAGAGGUACCUGCUGGGGAAAGUGGUACUUCAGGCUGAAGUGCAGUGUCCCACAGUCUAGCUCUCCCCCCUCACAUUCGUAUCCAGAGAGUGGCAGAUUAUGGGGGUAGCAGCAAACAAGCCCUAUGUCAGCACCUAGACCCAAGUGGGCAUGUUUUAAAAAUAUAUUUUGUAGACAGAAAGUGACCAGCCAGUUAUGUACAUUUACUACGUUUACUAUAUGCUUGCUAUACCAUUUUUACUUUAAAAUAUACAGUCAUACCUCGGUUUAAGUAUGCCUCGGUUUGAGUAUUUUCAGUUUAAGUACUCUGCGGACCCAACUUCCGGAACCAAUUACACUCAUACCUUGGGUUAAGUACGCUUCAGGUUGAGUACUCCGCGGACCCGUCUGGAACGGAUUAAUCCACUUUCCAUUACUUUCAAUGGGAAAGUUCGCUUCAGGUUAAGUACGCUUCAGGUUAAGUACAGACUUCCGGAAGCAAUUGUGUUUGUAAACCAAGGUACCACUGUAUAUUGGACAUUGGCCAACAGAGUAGUUCCUUGAACCAGUCACAGUAUCUCAAUCUAACCUACCCCGCAGGGUUGUGGUGGUGAUGAACUGGGGAAGAGGAUGACUAUGUACUAUGUUCAGCUCUCUGGCCAGCUCCAGUGCUGGUGGCCUUGCUUUUUUAACUAAGGUGUUUUUGACUUUUCAACUCAUCAAAAACUGAGGCUGAUACACAUCUUGUCCAGUAGGUGGUGCUAUGUGAUGUUGUAAAAUCUAGAAAGCAGCACCGUGGUUAGGAUUUUACCUUAACUGAAGUCCCUUUAUUUUGUGGAUUUCAGCUAGUCCUCUGGUUACUGUCAGUGCAUCAGUCCCUUCUAUGUUACUAAACUUUUGGUCACAAAUCCCAGUUUAGUGAUCCAGCGAGUCCCACUCUGGAACAAGCUGCUUCCAGCUUGUUAAACCCGUGAUGGAGUAUUUCCUCACCAAGCUGAUCCUUCCCUUGUUUCUCUUAACAUACAAGAAUAAUCUUAGGUUUCUCUCGGUCUAGGUAAGCCACUACACCACUUUUUGAUUAUUCUGGAUGGUUAGUAAUUAAUUAAUUACUUUAGCAGAUUCAUAUGCCACUCCUCUUCAAAGCUUCAAGGGCAACUAAUAAUAAAAUAGAACAACAGCAAACUUGGUUCUCUUUGUAGGUCCUUAGGCAGGAGCAUCAUCAGUACAUGAUGAU